CGCUCUCCCAGUGCCCAUGUGCGGGCGGGCGGCCACGCUCCCUGGGAGGCGCCGCGGCGCGGUACCGCACAUGCUCACUGGCCGCGGAGGGCACCGUCGGAGACUGAAGUUUUCUCUGAAGCUUAACCUUCAAGAUGAAGUUCUUACUAGCGAUUUUCUUUUUUGUCUCAUUCUCCUUAUGGGUUGAAGAAGUCUAUUCCAAAGAGAAGUCUUCAAAGAAAGGAAAAGGAAAAAAGAAGCAAUACCUGUGUCCAUCCCAGCAAUCAGCUGAAGACCUUGCAAGAGUACCUGUCAAUUCCACCAGCAAUAUCUUGAAUAGGCUAUUGCUCAGUUAUGAUCCGAGGAUAAGGCCUAAUUUCAAAGGAAUUCCAGUUGAUGUUGCAGUCAACAUCUUCAUUAACAGCUUUGGGUCAAUUCAAGAGACAACUAUGGAUUAUAGAGUCAACAUCUUUUUAAGACAGAAGUGGAAUGACCCCAGACUCAAACUACCCAAUGACUGGAGAGGUUCAGACACGCUGACAGUGGACCCAACAAUGUUUAAAUGUCUUUGGAAGCCAGACUUAUUCUUUGCAAAUGAAAAAAAUGCUAACUUCCAUGAUGUCACACAAGAAAAUAUCCUUCUUUUUAUAUUUCGAGAUGGAGAUGUCCUAGUCAGCAUGAGAUUGUCUAUUACUCUGUCAUGCCCUUUGGACUUGACCUUGUUUCCUAUGGAUACACAGCGCUGCAAGAUGCAAUUGGAAAGUUUUGGUUACACAACUGAUGACUUACGGUUUAUCUGGCAGUCUGGAGAUCCUGUACAGCUAGAAAAAAUUGCUCUGCCUCAGUUUGAUAUUAAAAAAGAAGAUAUUGAAUAUGGUAACUGUACCAAGUAUUAUAAAGGCACAGGUUAUUACACUUGUGUAGAAGUAAUCUUCACUUUAAGAAGACAAGUUGGAUUUUACAUGAUGGGUGUUUAUGCUCCUACACUGCUAAUUGUUGUUCUAUCCUGGCUGUCAUUUUGGAUCAAUCCUGAUGCAAGUGCGGCAAGAGUCCCACUGGGUAUUUUCUCAGUGCUCAGCUUGGCAUCUGAAUGUACCACUCUCGCUGCUGAACUUCCCAAAGUGUCUUAUGUGAAGGCCUUAGAUGUCUGGCUGAUUGUUUGCCUUCUCUUUGGGUUUGCAUCCCUGGUGGAGUAUGCAGUGGUCCAGGUAAUGCUAAACAAUCCAAAGAGAAUUGAAGCCGAAAAAGCAAAGAUUGCCAAGGCAGAACAAGCGGAAGGGAAGGGUGGAAAUGCUGCCAAGAAGAACACUGUGAAUGGCACAGGGACUCCUGUCCAUAUCAGCACUUUACAGGUUGGUGAGACCAGAUGCAAAAAAGUUUGCACUUCGAAAUCUGAUCUGAGAUCCAAUGAUUUCAGCAUCGUUGGAAGCUUGCCAAGGGAUUUUGAAUUAUCGAAUUAUGACUGUUACGGGAAGCCCAUUGAAGUCAACAAUGGGCUCGGGAAAUCUCAAGCCAAGAACAACAAGAAGCCUCCUCCUCCCAAGCCUGUCAUUCCAUCAGCUGCAAAGAGAAUUGAUCUUUAUGCAAGAGCACUGUUCCCUUUUUGCUUCUUGUUCUUCAACGUCAUAUACUGGUCCAUAUAUUUAUGAUAAAUCUUUUUUUUUCCUAUAUAUGUAAAAUAUAGCCCAUUUCAUUGCCCCUUCCCAGUCAUGAAGGCCACUGUGUGAAUUAUUUGCAUUUGCAAAGCAAUAUGAUGCAUUUUGAUGCCAUGCGAUUGUACUGAACAUAUGGCAUCUGAAAUCUGAAUGAAGCAUGACACUGCAAUGUCUGUGCUCCAGCCAACUUUGUAUAUAAAUGUACAGCAUACAUCCUGCUUUAGGAAUAUAUAUGAAGGACAGUGCUUACCACAUUAUAAAGCUGAAUAACACUCUUCAGUUAUUAGUAACAUGCAGAGAUUCAAAGUGUUUCUGACAAUGAAACUGAUGUGCACGUUGAGUAUUAUUAAAAUCAGUAUUCUAGUAUAUGUAGUAUUUAACAGCUUUUGUGCUGACUUCCAGAGGGGGAAAAAAAAAAUCUUGUUCUUGUAUAAUUUUAGAUGGCACUGUGGAAGAAAAAAAUAAACUGUAGUUCAUAUUAUUCAGACUUUGUAAGUGAAGGCAGCAUUGAAUAAGCUGAUCUUGUCAUUGUGGAAAAAUAAAGAUCAGAGAAUUACUAACUUUGUAAAAUCAGCUCAUUUAGGAAAAAAACCCCAACAAUUCUAUCCAUCAAGCAGGCACACUUACAUGUGUGAGAGUAUGCUGACAAGAAAAUAUUCGGUCAAAUUUUGACUGCUGUUUCCUCAGCCACAAGGUAGAUACAGUAUGUCAAAAAAAACCAAGACACUUUCUAAACUAAAGGCAUCAGGAGUUUCGGAGAAAUAUCACAAGAUGCAGUAUCGGGUUAUUUUGUGCUUUUUUUUCUAUUACUUUGUCCUCAGGCUCAUCUUCUGUAGUAUGUAGCAAGCCUGCAAUAUAUGUCACAUUUUUUUUGUUGUUGCAUCGGAUACAUCUUACUCAAUUUGCUUUGUUUAUCCCCUUGAAAGCUUUCAGUUUAAACAAACCAGUUGUCAAGAAUAAAUUGCAUUUUUACUAGUAGUUAUUUUGUUUGCCUAUUGUAGAAGUGAGGAAGUGUCUAAAGGUUUAAAGGGUUGAGAUUUUAAAAUAUAUAAUGAGCCCUUGUGCCUAUGUUUUAAUUAAUGGAUGCCCUUACCAACGCAUUGAUUUGGCAGCUACAUUUUUGGAAACAGAGUAUUAUGCUUGAAUCUACUGUGACAAAAGAUUGCUCUCCAUUUCCCAGAGGAAACCCCAUGACACGGAGACUACAGAAAUAUAAUCUCUCCCCACAGUGUGUAGGGCAGGACCUGCGGUCUCCCUUGGGUGCCAGGGGAAAGCUCUUCAUAAGGGCAAGUCAUGAAGUGAAAUGCAGCCGAAUGGAAUCUCCUUGUACAUACGGCAUCUGAAUAGCAUGUAUUCCCUGGGAAUGCACAGAGACUAUGCCUCGGCCCCUGUGAGUGUGCCGUAAAGAAGCGCGUCUUCACUUGUAAAGCUGGGGCACCACAGUUAGUUAAACUAUGAAAAUAAGAUAGUUCUUACUAAGCUGGCAAUUCAUGAAAGGAGGUAUGGAUUAUAGGUAAGGAAGGGACUGAACUAAAGGCCUGAAAGCUUUCAUAGAAACAGACACAAUCCCCCUUUUUGUGGUGCAUUUCUAGCUCAGGAUGUCUUGAGCCAAUGCAGGCUACAAGUGGACUGUCGAAUCACUUGGGUAUUUCCCACCAUGUGAAUGUUGUCCACAUAUGGCCAGCCUGGACAACCAUAAGGUCAAAAGUGGGAAUAUAAAAAAAAGUAAAGUACAUCCCACCAGCUUCACUGGGCAUCUGGCUGAUCUGCACACACACAAGUUUUUUUUCUAACUGCUGCCAUUUUAUGAUCAACGUCCUGAUUGUUAAAAUUCAUGUUUGGGUUCAAGAGAUCUGCUCUUCAGAACAUGGUCAUGUGCUUUCUACCAGCUUCCUGGCCACUUUCUAGUGGAGAUUUCAGAGAGCCUCUUUACUACAGUUUGUCCUUUGCAUUUCUUUCUUGUCAGACGAAACAGAAAGGAAACCCCAAAUGUUACUGAUCCGUGUAGGUGGAAUCUUUAAGGUCUUUAAUAUUACUGUCUGUUGAAGGUGUGUACAGGAUUGUCAGAGACUGAGAAGCAAUAAGGAUAGUCAAAGAAAGGAAGAAAGGGAGGGGUAAUUUUUAUACACAAAAUCAGAGUGCUAUAUUUAUGGACAUUAUUUAUUCUCAUACUUGUAUUUUUUCUUACCGUACUGGAAGGCAAGAAAAUAAUUACGCUGUGUUUGAAAUUAUAUGACUUUUGGAAGAUAAUUUUCUUGUUAGAACUCUUAUUAAAUGAUUUCUAUGUAAUUAAUGUCCACAUUCUAUCUGUAUAAUCUCAAUUAUAGAUUUUAUUGUUAAAUUAAUCUUUGUUCCUUCUUGCUUUCCUGCUUACUUGAUGGGUUUUGUGUUUUAUCAUAAAGCAUUUAAUCAAUAACACAAUGUAAUUGCUUUCCAACUCACACAAAAAGAAGCAAAAGGAAUCUGUAUUUUUAAGAUAAAGGCUUUCAUUCAUUACAGCACAAAAACUAAGGACAGAAGCAAAGUUUAACAGCAAUAUUGAAACAAAAUCCGAAAUAAAACAGUAUCAGCUAUAAAAUAUUAAUUUUCUUUUUACUUAUACUAGAUAAUAUUGCAGUAUUUGUAUUACCUCUGAAUAUAGUAGCUUGUCCUACUGAGCAGUAAUAACUGAUUUAUUUUCUUUUUCUUCUUUCCAUUAAAGGUCAUUGAGUUUUGCAUGCCAUAUCACAUUGUGGUCCUCCAGCACCCUCUAGUUGUAAAAUUCUGCCUGUUGACUUAUUUCUAGAACAAGGAGCAAAUAUGAAACUGUAUAGGCUAUAUAGGAUGUUAUUUGAUAGGACAACGUGAGGGGGAAAAAAUUAAUAAAGUAAAAGUAAAUUUAAGUAAAAUUAAUGGACCACUAUAAAAACUUGCCAUGCAGUACGAAUAUAAAACUGUAGAAAGUGAGACAUUCAAAUAGUAGCAAAAGUGAGGCUCAUGAAGUACACCUUAGUUACUAGAUUAACUAGUCAUGCUGUCUGAACAAACUGCAUGAAUGCAAAAUCUCUUUGUGAGGGAGAGACCAUCUGUGUUUCAGUUGACAUUUACUUUAAGUUCUCUUGUUUACUGACAGGAGAGUCACAAUUUUUUGUACUAUCCUUUACAUAAGCCCCAGUAUAUUCUUGGCUCUUAAGCAUCGAGGGGUAAUAUCCAAGUAGUUAAUUCCUUUCAUACUUAGUGUUAUGGCUGCUUAGAUAUCUUUCUAUUUCAGGAUUUUCGAACACAAUCAAACACUGCAUCAAGAAUUUCCCUGGAGAUGAAUUAAUUAAUUUCUACCUGCAUCCACAAAUUUGACCUAUAUGAUAAAAGAGGAUGUGACUUGAAAAGUACAUCAGCUGCUAUGCAUUAAUUCCCUGUUUGGAUGUAUGAAAUGUACGUGGAGUAACCCAUACCUCAAUUUUUUGUACUGAUUUGACUCAUGUUUGACAUCUAGUUUUAGGAGCAGCUCUGUAAUGUUUCUUGGCACCUUCUCUUCUUUUCAGUCUCGCAUCAAUUCUAGCUGAGAUAUGGUGUAUGUGAACAGUCUGUAUUUUGAAUGAGGAAGGGAGUUUAUUUCUGUAAGUGCGGCAUACAGAAGACUGACCUUUCACUUGGAAACAUUGCCAAGCAGCUUUCAUUCGUGAAAGUCUUCAAAUAAAUUUGGACUUGGUAACAGGAAAUGGGUGGUUAAAGGGAGAGUAUCCUCAGUGCCCUACACUUCUCCUACAGAGAAAGGAGUAACACUGGCUUCGAUGAGCAGAGAAUGACCCAGAGAGGCUGAUCUGGCUGUACAAUCAUUUUGUAUGAAAUACACUUAGAAAUAACCUUUAUUUGAAAAUAUUUCACUUUGAAGAGUGACAGUAAUUUACUUAGCAGGUUUGUCAUAGCUGUUAAGGCAAUCUAUUAAGAGACAUUCUUACACAGCUGAACCUGUUGGUCUCUUCUUCAAUUAAAGCAGCUUUCUGUUAUGGUUAUUGGAUGACUUGUGCUGAGGAUAUUUAUAGAAUAGGUAACAAUAAAUUAUUUAUUUCCAAGGCAGUGCAACCUGAAUAUAUGCAAUGUCAAGUGAUUUUUCAGGCUAUAGAGAUAGCUUAAUGCUGAAAUGAGUACAAAAGCGAUGUGUAACAGAUAAGGGAAUUAUAGGACACUGUUACUUGGUGCUUUAGUAUACUAAUUCUGGGAUUAAGGAAGAUAAUGUGAGAAGAAAAAAAAUUCAGAUGCAUAAAGAUGGAAUAAUAGUUCUAUUUAUGUCUACAAUUCAAUUGAAUUGUGUCUAACGAUUUAUAUAAUAAAUUUAAUAAUUUAAUUAAAACAUAUGCUAUAAAAUUUACCUUAUUUUUAUAUAAAGAAUUGCUAAAAAAGAGAGAAAACUUAAGGUCAUCUGUGGUGCCAGAAAGCUAACAGAAACUAGCUCUUUUCAUAGGGAGCUCCACACUUGAAUAACCAAUGUAACAUACAAAGAACAAAGUGCAGUUUCAAAGAUACAAAAUUCUCAUUGUAGUGGUUUUGUCUAUUGUAUCAAAUAAACUACAAACCACCUGGGUUGCUUGCAGCAUUCACUGGCAUUUUGAGUUAAUUAGGGAAGUCGUCCGCCCAUCUACCUCACAGCACCUGUCCUCAUUCCAUCAGUGGAAACAGUGUCAGCAGACAUCUUUUAAGAACUAUUUUGAAAUCUUUCUGAAAGCCCUCACUGCUAUGAGUAGGUACACACUGCAGUCACUAAAAUGUCUGCAGCUAAUGCAGGUUUAUCCAAAUUAGCUUUGAACUAGCUGACUUGGGGAUGGCUGGCAAUGUAGCCAUGGCAACAGUGAGCUCCGGCUGGGAAGCCUACCUGCUGGCGUAGGGAAUGAAAGAAUAUACUUUGGUGUUAACCCCCACAAAGCUUUAUACUGCCUUGGCUAUUGCGCUCGAACAGUUUAAAGUUAGCUCAUGUGGGUGUUAUCGGCCUGUGUCUGUGAAAUGUAGAUGUAUGCUGUAUGACACACUGUGUGCUAGAACUGGAUUAUUUUUUCCUACUGGUGAUGUGAAAGAUUCACUGUAAAAUAUUUUCUCUAUUGCUUACAGAAAAUAAGAAUUUUUGCCACGUUUAAUUCCCUGUAUUGAAAAAGUGUCCACUGGUGGUGUCAAAAAUGAAACUCAUUUUCCUGAACCAAUGCAUGUAUAAAAGAACGAGCUGGAUUCACCCACCUGAGCGUGAAUGAGAUUGCCUACUGAGUCUAAGUCAUAAGACAAUCUCUUUUAAGCAUUAAAAGAGCCAUUGUGUUUGAAAACCCUAACUCUAAUAGUCAAUAUCGGUUUGUAAAUUUUUAAAAGAAUAAUGAGAGUAAAGAGGCAGUGAGACUAAUGAGACUAAGACGAUACAAGUGUCUUUUUGGCCUCUAGAUAUCCCGUGGAGGUCAACUCUGCGUUUGGGGGGCACUGAUUGAUUUUCUCAAUCAGCAUGGUGUUUCUCAAAAAGCCAACGCCUAUCAGGAUGCUGGAGAACAGCAUCAACUCUCUCUGGAUGGAAAAUAUUUAAAGGACCUUGAAGCUUGUUAUUCAAAUCACCUUUGGAGUAUCGAGGUAAAUCUGAAGUCUGCCUGGCUCCAUUAAUUAACAUGCAGAGACAGCAGGAUAUAAAACACAGGUCUUUUAGUACAAGAAAAUAAACGAUCUUUCCCCUUACUGCUUGAAAUCACAGUUCACAGUGAUCUAAAGCAACCAGUAAGACAAUGUGGGUUACUGAGAGCUUCUCUGUCAAAACACAAUUGCCUAAGCCCCAUGGUGUGUUUUGAAAGGAAGAAGUAUAGGGACUGUGGGGUAGAAAGGAUAAAGUUUUGGAUAACUGUUCUCCAUCUGAUGAGUUCUUCAGGCUGUGGCAGUGGAUAGUGUGGGUUUUUUCAGAUAUCUGUUUAAGUCUGUUUCUUUCCAUGAGCAUCCACAAUCUGAAGAAUUUUUCACUUGAGGAAGUAGACUCAAGAGGUUUUUUGGGCCCUCCUGAGUAUAACAGGUGAAGUUGCUGUGCCACUGCCCCUGCAAAACCCUUUCAACUCAGAGGAAUCCUUCUCUAGUGCCAUAAAUUGCAAGAAAAAUCCCUGUUGAAACCGUAGCUGCUGCUGAGAACAAAAGCUGUGUGUAGGCAGCCCUUGCAUUUCCGCCUUCUUUCACUGUAGCAUACAUCGUGAUAAUCAAUAGUGCUGUUUAGCUUUUCUGUUCUGCAAGGCACUUCUUUUAUCAAGACUGAGUUAUAUUCUCAGCAAUACACUUCAGCUAUCCUACCUUUCAUCUCUGUAGAGUCAGAGCAAAGAUCGUGCAUGUGACUGAUGGAGUUCAUGAAGACAAACUAGUGCUGAUGUUCAAGAACAGAUUAUGGUAAUAAAUGAAAAGACCUGGACCCUCUUGUUUCUCAAAUGUUAACAUCAUCCGUACUAUCUGAUUUCAGUUAUGCCCCUAUAAUUCAAAAUAUCGUGUUAUUUGGAUAGCACCUCACUACGUGGAUCAUAUUUUUGAGUUAAGCUUAUUGAAUCAUGAAUUUCUUGUCAAAAACAGAAUACAAAAAAAAUAGUUAAUGUGACUUUUUAAAAAAAUGUUAAUUUUCUCUUUUAAUCUUAAAACUUGAAUUUGACCCCGGGGCUAGAGAAACAUAUUUCUUAGUGUUUAAUAAGCCUUACAUUGUCAUAACAGAUUUAUCAGUGUCUCAGGCGGGCUCAGUCUUUCAGAUUAAUUUGUUUGUUUCUUUGACUCUCAAAAUCCAGCUCAUUGGAAAACGUUCAUUUGAACGCUAGUUAUUUCAAAGCCAUAAUGCUGACAGGAAUUAACUGUAAAGACUAAUAGUUUUGACCAACCCAACCCAAUCCAGCACCAGUUUCUGCUUUUGACAAAGCCUAUCUUGAUACCUGCUCCCUCUUCUGACAAAUCUUGUUUAGCCUCAGCCUCCUGAAGAGUGUAAAAACUUCGCAGGCUUUUUAAGAUAUCUGUCUGAUUGUGUUGGCUUCCAAGGCAGCUCUGCUUCCAUUUCUCUCUUGGAUGUGCUUCGGGAUCAGAAACAUUCUUUUUUUCAAGCAAAUAAAAUGAUGUGCAGCAUCCACCGUGAGCUAUAAUCUAUCUGUGGAACUAAACUUUAGUCUUUAUCUAUUAAUUCUACAUAUUUUCUAGUUGAUUGUUUCCACGAGGCAAAAAGUUCCGAAGUAAAUAAAUUUCUUAACUGAAGAAACAAAUAUUCAUAGCAGCAUGAGAGGAUCACUUGGCCCUGUUUGUUUUCCCUGGACUUAGAGCUCUUCCUUUGCUGUGGUCUUAAGCCAAGAAGGCUUUGGAGGAUCUACUGCUGCUUAAGUCAUUAUGACUGCCUGACAGAAGCAUGGACAAAGACAAGACGCCCUGUGUAGGACCUGCCCCACACAGUUGUGUUCAAUGCGAACCAGACAAAGGAAAACACAGCAAGGUUCCCUGAACUCUGUGCCUUUGCAAUAACAUAUUCAUCACAUUCUCCACUUGAUGAAUUUUCUUGCAACGGCGCCAUAGUAAAAUUUGCAGACACUGUGGUUUCAUGGGAGGACUUUACACCACUACUGUAGAAUACAGAAUAUUAUGAAUUUCACCAUGGGAGACUUUAAAGAGAAAAUGUGUAUCCAAGUUGACAGGAUUUAAUAUUAUCUGUUACGCAUAAGCAUGACUUUAUUACUUUAUUUAUCAUAUGCUUCCAUAUUGUUCCCAUUUCAGGAACAGCAUCUUAAAAUGGGAAUUUUUCUAAGUAUAUGAAUUAUUAAAACAUACCAUGUUUUAUCCUAUUUUUUUCCCCAGGGAUGUAAGAAAGAGAUAAUGUCUUCUACAUUACAGUGCUGUUGCAGCAAGUUUACCAGUUUCUCUGAAGAAAGUCUUGAUGAAAUUAAAUAGGUGGAAAAAAAUUUCAUGGAGUGUGCAAAUGAAACAGCCAGGAAUAAAUCCAUUUAUGCAAGACUCAUGCUGAGAGUCUGAUGAGCUUUGACAAUUGGAAUAAAUUAUUUUGGCUGAAAGGAGAUUCCAGCCUUGAAAGACAAGACAACAUUGAAUCUUUCAACAGUUUGCAUUUCUGAGCUGAAAAGAAAAAUACAGCUUUAUAGAAUAAGACCAGAUAACAUUGUCCAUACUGACCUCAUAGCUGCCCCUGACCAGCAUGCUCUCCUGUAAUACAGUCUUUCUACCAGUUCAUGCUGCAAGAAUUCAAUCGAUGAAAUUAUUUCUUCUCUGACCAAGCAGAAAAACGACUGCUAUUAGCUGACUGGCACACGGUGCAUGGCUGAAGGCAUGGUUCCAUAUACAGUGUAGGUUUUAGCCUCAUACAUAAGUGACAGUCUGUAGCUGAGCACAAUAUCCAAUAGCUAAAGAGAGACAGGUGUCCCUUCUCCAGAUCUCCAGUGCAAGUUUAGGAGACCGUUCCCACUGCAUUGAAAGACAGAUGAUAACAAGGCUGCUUUCCAUUGUGCUAAUGGCAUGUUGUUUAGAUUGGAUAUAGUUGGGAUGAAAAAUAAUCUGUUGCUAUAUGUUGUACAGUGCUUCAAGGCAUUACUGUAAUGUGCACAAAUAAUAACAAAAAUUAUUUCAGUCAUUGUUCAUAAUAGAUUCAGUGCUACACAGUAUUGAUAUCUGUAUUGGCCUUCCCCUGUUCUUAACAUUUCUGGAAAUAAUCUGGCUCUGAUAUCAAGUGCUUGAUAGUCCCUACAGUUACAUUGGCUUUACACUGUAGCUCUUUCUGAUUUAGUCUCAGAGGAGGAUCAAACCCACAGCACGUACACAUUCUUCCCAUUAAUAUAAUAUCACUCUUUUUUGAUCUCUAAAAAUGAUCUUUAAAAUAACCUCACAAUUCCUCCCUCAGUUAUAAUAUCACUCUUUUCUGAUCUCUAAAAAUGAUCUUUAAAAUAACCUCAUAAUUCCUCCCUCAGUUAUAGAUUCUGCAGAAGAAUCUGAGAAAUAACAAAGGAAAAAGUUGUACCUUUUGAAGCGGCACGUUUAUUUUUAUUUAUAAUUUAAUGUACAUAUGCAUAAAUAUCCAUAUUUAAUGUAAUGGCAUUAUUAGAAAUAAGCAUUUAUGAAAAAAACAGCUUGUCAGGACUUAACAACUUGACAGUAUUUUCCCCUUCCAUUAGUAUUAUUUUGUUUUGCAAGUAUAUUCAAAGUACAUCAAUAUCACAACAUGUAUUUUUUCAGUUCCUUGUAAAUUAAAUCAUCCCCUGCAAUGGUGCUGAGAGAGCUAUGUGGGCCACAGGAUAUUAAAUUCCACACUGCAGUAGCUCCUUCAAUCGCGAGCUUAGAACAAGUUUUAUCACAUACAGUGUGAUCAAUAAGUACUAUUUUUCAAAGAAAAAUGAUGAUUAACUGGUAACUCAUUUUUUCUAGCUUGUUAAUAUUAGUAAUGCUACAUAGUAAAUAUUCAGUAUAUUAAGUUAAUUACUAGUAAACAAGCUAAUAAAAGGGGUAUUAAAAAGCAUGGAUAAGUUUCCUGGCGGUUUUUAACUAAAUCUUUAAGGUUUAAAUCUUUAAGGCUAAAUCUUUAAAAAAAGGCUAAAUCUUUAAGCUCGCAUUACGUGACACAGCCUGUCAUUUACAGGACAAUAAUCCAACAGCAAUAUAGAUAUAAUCACCUAGGGACUGCUCUCUAUACAGAAAGAUAGAAGCGAAUGCCACAUAUCUGUCUGACUCAUGAGUUGCUUACUGCCUUCUCUGGGGUAAAGUGGAAGCCCAGCACUGCUCUUGUCAGAAAACAGGGGUUUAUUUCAUGCUUAAAAUUCAAAAGCAAAAGAUUGUGGGAGUCCAUGAAGGGUGGCAUUUUCAAUCCAUUUAAUUUCACUGUUGUUUCAUGGGAUGUUACUGUAAUUGAUUAUCCAUAUGUAUCACAGAGUCAUUCCUCACUAAUACCAAAUUGUUGUCUUAAUGAGGCACUGUAUUGAGAUGAGUUUUAAUUAAUAAAAUUAAAAUAAUCAGACAAUGAAUGGAGAAAAUUCCACUCCAGCGCACAACAUUUAUAUUACAUACUUUUUUUAUGGGCAGUGCUGCAAUAGCUGCUAAGAAAUGAUAUUGUAUUCUGUUAUCCUGUUCAGCAGUAGCACUUAGAGUCCUUGCAAGAUUUGUGAUUUUCCUUAGCUUCCUCAAAUAAUCCACAAAUAACUGAACUCUUCUUGCUGUGAAGAAAAUCUCAACUACUGCAACUAUUCCUAUAUGAAAACAUCAGAAAGAACUGGAUGAUUCUGGAUACAUGUUUGAGGCUAGAAGUUUCUAAUCUCUUUAUAUUUCCCUUGUUUUUUCUAAAGAUUUCGUGUGUUUGGGGUAAGCUCAUUUCAUUGCCUUUGACAUUUAUUUGCUAGAGCUAAACAACCUCUAAAAUUAAGGUCCUGUUUUGCUAGUACUACUAAAACCACAGGGAGCCCAGCAGAAUACAGGCAAAUAUCAGCGAGCGUUCUUCAGAAAAUGCCUUUCAGUACUAACAUUUCCUUUAGAUAUCAACAGCGAAUACAUUUUAUAGUUUUAGUUAUAGAAACUGAGAUCAUUAGAUCACAUCAGCAGAUCUGUUUGACUUAACAGAAAGGUAUAAACGCUAUAUUCACAUUAGCUACAGCUGGUACUGACAGGCUGGAGACAACUGGAAUUUGGAAGAGAGGAUGAUGGAUCUGUUUAUGAGUGUGCCUGUUAUUGGUCCACAUAUUCAUAGUUGGGGCAUAAUUUUUUCCCUGUUUGUAGGUUGUUUUUCUUUGUGGCUGGUUUAGACUCAGGACAGUGAUGUUUCUAAAUGCAAAGUUACGUUCUCGUUGUGUAGUCAUAACAACCAACGUUGAGCUGCCCUUGAAACCUUCUCACCAUGCCCCUUUAUUUUUAAGCCCUUGAUGCACUGCACUGUGUAUGCUGACCUGCAAUGAAAGGAAAGCAAAAAUUUAAAAUUCUUCUGAACUCAGGUACCCAUGCAGAUCAUCUCUGUGUGUACAUCUUAUUAGGGCAAUGCAAAAAUAAGGUAAGUCUUAAAAUAGCAACUACAGAGACUCUAAUAACAGCUAGCAGUUAAUCUGUAUAAGACGACUUUCCAUUGUAACACCAACAAAGUUUCAGUAAAGACAAGCAGCAUCAUUUAGGUUGUGUUACAUGCCACAAAGAUUAUAAGCAGAAUUUUUUUCUACUAUAAUCCCUGCAAUUAAAGCCUAUAUUUAAAGCAAUUACAAAAGCAUUUUUUUUGCACAUUUACUAUGAUGUGGAUAUAUUCCUAGACCAAAGUAUGGAAUUACACACCUCAUAAGAAUAUUUUCUUUUCCUUAUAUUUCUGGUUUGUUGGGUUUACUUCUAUAAAAGCUUACCAUUAACAUCCCACUUUAUCACAGUUAAUCUCUGAGAAGCUAUGCCUAUGCAGAGGUGAAAGUAAAAAUAUCUCUUAUCUGUGCUGUGAACUAGUUCUGGGCCUGAAACACUGAAGUGGUUUUUUAGAACUAAAAAUAAACUUCUGUCGAGCACAACUCUGUACAUUUCCAUGAUAUCUUGAGUGAGCUGUUUCUUGACAAGGUGAUAUUCUCAAAAUAAAAGUAUUGAUGCCCAACAAGUAAACAGUGAAUCCAAAAAGUCAUUUCUGUUGCUGAAAGAUCAUAAUGAUAAGUAUAAGAGAGCUGAUGUUUCAGAUCACAACAGUCCUUUUAAUCUUAUAUCGUAUUUUAUCGGAUUUUUCAAAGAACGAUGCAAAAUAACUGUAGUAGGUAAUUGAACAAAAUAAAACAAAAAAAAAAGUCUUUUGAGUAUUUCCUGAAUAAAUGAACUAUUAUCUUGUCUAUCAGUUCUAUCUAUUCUCUUAAUUUAUUUUUAAUGUUGCUAGGUGCCUGAGUCCCAUUG